UCUCUAUGUGCGCGCCUAUGUGUGUUGGCCGCAGCCGAGUGCGAUUUUUCCCUAGCACAGAAACGCAGCGCUGCGUUCUGUGUUCAAACGUCAGUUCAAUACAAGUCGCUGUUCGGCCGCAUCUUACACAAAAUCUUUUCAGUUUUUCCCUAAAUUUCUAAAACAAAAGUAAUGUAACAAAGUCGUCAAUCCAAAACAAAACAAAAAAAAUCAAGAAGCCAUAUUUGAAGAAAAUCGCGGAAAUUCGAGAAUUCUUGAUCUAAUUACGCAAACAAAAACAUAACAGUUUAUUUGAGUGAGUGUCAUAUUUCAUUGUCAACUACAACAACAAACAAGUGCGAUCAACGUCAUCAACUUCACUUUCCGUUCCGUCAUCGAGCAGCCUUUGCUUUCUUCUGCCAAGCACACACAAUCACCAAGGUGACAAGAAACGCAAAAAAAAAGUGGGAGGAGUAGCCUAAUUUUCGCAAUCUCCCGAACAGAAAUUGUUUUUCGGAAAAAGUGCGUGUGACUCUGACCAAAAGUGCAUCGAUCGCCAAACAACAAACACACGUGCGAGCCCCGCUGAAGAGGAAGAAAGUGAAGUCAAAAGAGCAAUGUCACAGCGGCCAAACUCCGCCUACUGCGAACGAAACCCCGGCAGCAACUGCGUUGACGAACACCGACGAUGGGAUUACUACAACAACGGCCAAUAAUUGCGGUGAACACUCCUCCCUGAAGCUCCUCUCAUCAGAUUUCUGAUCGAUCGUGUUGAUCGGUUAAGUUUUCGGCUUCCAGAUCACUCGGGAAGACAAGCUUCGGCUAACAAUAUUGAAACAAAAACACAACAACAGCAAACAAAAGAGAAAAAAAAAGUGAAGUUCUAAAGUGCGUCGCGUGUGAUAACGAGGAAAUUGUCAGUCGAUCGCUGCAAGCGUGGACCGAUCGUAUUGUUGGGUGACUUUGUUGUUGGUUCGGUUCUUUUCGUUUUUUCGUUCUUUACCGUGUGCGUGCGUGCGUGCGGGUGUGUGACACCCAGAGGCAGUUUCCGUUCGGGUCGCGAUUUUUUUUUUUGUUUCGUGUGAUCGUAGUUGGCGUUUUUUUGCGACGAGUGCGGGUUGAUCGUGUGUUGGUGUGUGCGAAGCGUUUGCUCGUGCGUGCGUGCUUCAAAAAGAUCGCGGACCUACCUACUUGGAUCGGGUGAUAGUUGCAGAAAAAGUUACAUCCAAACCAAACAAACAUACACACAGAGAAAUAAAAGUUGUGAAUCGGUUCGGCUUCCGAUUACGCUGGUGCGUGCAUGUGAGUAGUGUCAAUCAUCUUCGUCGUCUACAAUAACUGGAAAAAGUGCAGGUGGCGGCGCGGCUUAACUGUGAUCUAGUGGUGCGUUGCAGCAGCCCCAGGCCUCCCCUCUUCCUCCCAACCAAAGGAACGGGACGGUGUUUCGUUUCGUGGACGAAAGGUGGCUUGCCUACAGCAACAAAGUUUGACCGAUUGUUGUUUUUUGAGAGGAACAGUAACCCGGACCAGACUAGGAACACCAACACCACCACCCUGAACACCUUUUUUAUGGAGUGCUGGACGGGUGACGCCCGCUUGGCGAGAUUUUGCGAUUAAGCAGCGUAAGCUGUCACCGACAUGGGCAGUGAGCAUUACUGCUUGAGGUGGCACAAUCAUCAAUCCAACCUGUUAGGGGUGUUUAGCCAAUUGCUGCAGGACGAGAGUCUGGUGGACGUAACACUAGCUUGCUCAGAGGGCGCCUCCAUCCGAGCCCACAAGGUUGUUCUGUCGGCCUGUUCCUCGUACUUCCAGACGCUGUUUCUCGACCAUCCCACCCAGCACCCGAUCGUGAUCCUGAAGGACGUCCCGUUCGCCGAGCUCCGCACGCUGGUCGACUUCAUGUACAAGGGCGAGGUGAAUGUCGAGUACUGCCAGCUGCCGGCGCUGCUCCAGACGGCCGAGUCGCUAAAGGUCAAAGGUCUGGCCGAGAUGACCAACCAGAACAGCGCUCUGGCUGAAACGAAACGCGAACCGGAACGUCUACAGCGGCCACAGAGUCACAGUAGUAGUGCAGCAGCGGCAGCCGCUACAGCGACCGCCACCAGUCUGACGUCAGCUUCCUCUCCGGCAUUGUCAGAGCGACAGCAGACGGCAGCAAGCAACACUUCCGGAGGUACCAACAGUGCAACAGCUGUGUCCCCGCACAACCAUCACCAUCAGCACCACCAUCCCGCCCUCGGAUCACCAACGAGCAAUGCGGCCACGGCAGCAGCAGUGGCCGCUGCGGCAGCCUCCCUCGGCAUCACCGACUUCUCGACGAUAGGCAAAUCCCGCGGACUGGAUCCGGACGGGAGAAGCCCCUCGCCGUCACGGCUGGACCGAUCGGCAUCACCACCUAGAACUCCACUGGCCCUAUAUCCACCUUCAAGGAAAAAUCGUGACCACACUCAUAGCGGUUCGGUGACCUCGUCGGCAACUACCACCAUCACAAUGGCAGCUACGGAACGUUCCUCGGAAGAACGGGAACUGUCAGAGCAUCAGCAUCACCAGAACCAAAAGCGGCCCCGCUCGAACAGUGGCAACGCGUUCAGUAGUAGUCUCAACAGCACUUCCGAAGGACUCAGCAACAACAAUGCUACCAGCGGCCCAAACACCGGAAGCGGGAACGAUGACGACGAAGAGGAAGAUAACGAGGAAAAUGGAAGCAUGCUAGCAAACGAAUCGAGGCAAACCAAUAGCGAACAGGAUCAUCCGAUGCUGCAGCACUGCCACCAGCGAUCCAGCGUCGACGACGAUGGACGCCGCAGCAGUUCCAACAUCCACCACAACAACAACAACAAUUCGGAUGACGAGUACGAGCCGCCGAUCAAGAUCAAGAGUGAAAUCGAAUUUUUGCCUCUCUCAGGGUUGAACAUGACGAUGAACUCGCCUGCGUGCCUAGCCAACUCCACCAGCAGCAGCGGCGGCGGCGGAGGUCUGGUGAACUCCGCAGGCAGUCUACUGGGAGCCACCGAUUUGAGGCCUUCGUCGCGGGAUAGCGGCCGAGGCGGUGGCACUCCGGUAGCGUGCAGCUCGACAACUACGGCAACCAACAGCGGCGGCAACGGAAAUGCACUUGGCGGACUGGACCGAAGCUCGCCCCGUUCACAGCGGGACCGAAGCGAGCGGAGCGCCUUUGGCAGCGGCGGGAUACCGAGUCCGCUGUCGGAGCCCAUCGCCGGACCGUCCGGGAUGGGACCGGUGCAGCAGGUUCCUCUGUCACUGAAGAAGGAAGCCGACUGGGACCGAGGGGACGGAUCCGGUGACAGUUCGCUGGACUUUCGACACCCGCACGAUUCGGAAACAUCAGAACCGCAUUCAGCCGGCGGUAGUAUCGUUGGCGGUGGCCUCUGUUCGAGCGUUCUCGGGGGGCCACCGUUAGGGCUUGGUAGCGGUUCCGGAGACCGUGGCAGCGGUGGUAGAUCAAGUAGUGGUGCUGACGGGCCCGAUCAGGGCACCGCAAUCUAUCCGUGCAUGUACUGCGGGGUGACCUUUCCCCAUCAAAGCAAACUCACCCGGCACAUAUUGUCGCACUCGCUGGAGACGCUCAAAUUCCGAGAAGCACCGAUGCACUUACACCCGUCACAUCUGGCCCUGCUCCAGCAGCAACAUCACGAACUGACGCAACAAGCGCAGCACCAGCAGGCGGCUCAUGCGGCGGCCGCAGUGGCAGCAGCUUCCCUAGCACAGUCUUCACUGUCGCCCUCGCAGCUAUCGUCGUCGCAGUUUGGAUCGCACCGGGGAGGACCUCAGCUGGAACAGCUUCUGGAGUCGCCUGAAGGGGCUACGCCGAUGGAGCUGGAGUUUGCAGCGGCCGUUGCCGCGCAAGCCGCAGCCGUAGCGUCCGGCAAUGCGGUUGCCGCCGAUCAAGGGAACGUGGUGUUGUGCAAAUUCUGUGGUAAAAGCUUUCCGGAUGUGUCGUCGCUCAUUACGCAUCUGCCGGUGCACACCGGGGAUCGACCGUUCAAGUGCGAGUUCUGCGGAAAGGCAUUCAAACUGCGACACCACAUGAAGGACCACUGUCGAGUGCAUACAGGUGAGCGACCGUUUCGCUGCGGGAUGUGCGGCAAGACGUUCUCCCGAUCGACGAUCUUGAAGGCACACGAGAAGACGCACUACCCGAAGUACGUGCGAAAGUUCCUAUCGCCUUCGCCUAUCGAUGGGAAGGACGACUCGCCCCAAUAGUGCGACGAUCUGCACCUGCUGAACUUCCUCCUGCUCUAUAACCUGCAGCAUCAUUGUGAUAUGUACGGCUUCACCUGAACGAUCUUCAGCAUCUCCCCCGUAAAGAACAAGCAAAAUGUAAAGUAGUACCAGCAGCCGAUCGGAGAGAGCAAACCAAACUGUAAUGAAACAAAAAUUGAUAAAUCUGAAGCAGGAUACCAGCAGAUGGCAGUGCGAACAUAACAUACAAAACCAACUAUAGCGGGAAGUGACGCACAGGAGAAGCCUCCGUACACUAAAAGUUAAAAAGUAACUUACACACCCACACAUAUAUACCAAUACGGGACAACAAAAGAAGCUAUUAAGAAAAACUAACAAGACAUCCCCUAGUAGCAAACCCUUCGUUUCCUCCCCCUGAAAAGAAAUAAACAAAAAAAAAAACACGAUAAUGUUAGGAUGAACCGCGCGAGUAAUGAAGCAAUAUAUACAUAUAAAGAGUAAUUUUAUAUAGUAAUCAACCUACCACACAACACAAAAACACACACACGCAGACACAACCACGUAUAAUGUAAUUAAAAUAUAUUGGUGCUAUUUAUACCAAUAAAAACUUCGUAACAGGUUACUGGCGAGAUGGCAAAGUAAAAACAAAAAAGUCGCAAAAUUACCGAUCAAAUUGUCAAUUUUUGGAGGACGAAAUUCAAAUCAGUGAAAACACAAAUUUUUGCUAGAACGAACGAGCGGACUACUGCGUUGAGCGAUUGCACUGCGAAGCGUGCUGUUUCCAUGGAGACGCACGAUCGGUUACAUGCUUCGUCAACACUGUCAGAGGCAUCGUUCGCUCAAGCCCGGUGAAAAAAAUCGAAGUAAUCACUUAAACACACACAGUACACAAACAUAAUUAAUUGAAAAAAGACAUCUGUGAUCUUAUUGAAUAUUAAUUAAUUGAGUUAGUUAUUAUCUAUCCCGAGCAAAAUCAGAUAAAUCUGUGUGCAGUAAAUGAUAAAAACGCAAGCAAACAAACACAACAACUUUUCUCCUCUUAAAAUAACACGUUGACGCGUGUGUUAACGAUUAAAUAAUGUAUCUUUUACAGAGUACACGCAUACAUGUUAAUGCAUCCUCCUCACAGAGCAGUUCCGUGUUGCAAAAGACAAACUGUGCAUUAUCUUUUUUGUUUUUAUGAGUUUGCCGCCAAAUAACAAUUAGAGAAACCGAAUCAAAAUGCUGAUUAUUUGUUAUCAUUGUAAGACAGAUUUUUUCAUAUAUUUUCUUAUUUCAAGCAUAACACACAGCCGUAGAAAACACAUUACACACACAAACAAAACACACACAAUGACGUGGGAAGAGGACGAAGAAGGGCCAGGGGGAGAAAAAGAGAAAGUAGCGAAAGCAUUACGUUCCUUAUUAAUGUGUAAUGAAUUUUAGUUUAAGAGCGAUUUCUUUGGUCCGCAUAUUUAUGGAAAGCACUCGGAAAAUUACCGCUCUGAAUCAGGUGUGUAAAUUGUCGAAAUCUGGCAAACAUUAGUUUCUGAGUUCUUUCAGGGGCGGUUGGCAAAGAAGGAGAAGUCGAAAAAGAAUACCAAUUUAGGUCUUUAAGCGAAGGCAAUUUGGAAGGAGAGACAGUAGGAAUUUAGGCAAAAUUAACUCUAGUUGCAUAUCACACGAGAAGAGUAAUCACCCACACUCACACAUACACACCUUUAAUCUUUCACUCUUUAGAAAAAAAACGAAAAUUAUUCAAAACAAACUAAUUUAAGCAUGGUAUAAACUUUAAAUUCGUUCAAAAUUAACCAUUUUAGGUUUUCCGUAUGGACGAAAACCAUCAGAUCAAAGGUGGAGGAGAUGUUCAAAAUUGACUGUUUCGGCAACAAAAAACCAAAGUUCAAAAUUAUCGUUUCGGCAAAACUAAGUAGCGUAACGCUACGGCUAAAAAACGUGUUGUGAUAAUCCUAGUUCAAAUUUACGUUGUUAAGUUAAGCGAUUCUUUCCUAGUAUUUGUUGUGUAAGAUUAGUUAAAACAAAAAUUGCGAAAGGGAAAUGGCGAAUUGGCGACUUUUUUUCAAAAAGAACAAAACAAAAACGAAAACUCAAAAGGGAAAAACACUGAAACAAACAUGCAAACAGAAGAUUCUGCGUAACCAUUGGCUGUGAUAGAGAUGAACAAUUUACCGUUUUUGUUUUGUGGGCAGCGAAAGGGAAACCGAAUCGCCCAACACAGGCAAAACAUAAUGUUAAGUAACUUAAUUAUAGGGCGAAAUCCCGCCGAACAAACCCGCAUCAUUGGCGCACUCGUUUCGAACACUUCAUGGAUCUCAAAAUUUAUUGUGAUGAAACGGUUUCCGUUUCCGUUUAGGUAGAGUAACGAAAAAUCCAUUCUACAAACAAGGCAACCAAUCAAGUCAAAAUUUACCUUUAUUGAAUCGAAUCAAAAUUUUAUUUUUAGGCUUAGUUAUUCAAAAUUUUAUUUCGGCAAACCAUAAUUGAGUUAUUUAAUAUAUUGACGCAAUCGAUGACAGAUACGCGGAGCAAACCGCGUAAUUUUCUCGAUAUGUUUUCCCACGUAGAAAUGAAAGCUAUUAAGUCCUUCGAUAUGUUAACAAAAAAAAAACAAAAUCUAAUCUUAGAAAAUAACGCAACGCGUUUGACACACGUUUUCUCCUCCACUUUGUGAAUCGAGAUUUAAUAAUUUUAUGCAAAGAAAGCUAAAACAAAACGAAUAAGAUUAAACAAUUGCUACUGGGUAGUAGAUAGUAGUGCUUAGUGCUAGUGCUUAAAGUUGUUAAGGAUGAUGAAAAAAAACAACGUUUGGUUCAAACUCAAUUUUCUUUCAAGUGUUACAUUCCAUUUGUUAUAGAGACACAAACACACUUGUAAACACAAAUAUCCCCGCACCUCAACACAUACACACGCACAUCAUAAGAACAAUCAGUUACACAGUUGAAUUAGUUCAAGCACGCUUACGUCUUAACCUCAAUCUUUGUUCUUCUAUUUUGUUGCUCCGUUUUUAACACUCACACAAUGUGAUAUAUUGUUCCCUCGUCUGUGUAUUUUUUCCCCUGUAAAAGCCUUACACUGUUUAAUGUUUCCACACAUCGUCAGCUUCUUAAGCAAACAAGUAGAUGUACACCACUCCACCUCCAACGAAGGCACUAGAGUUCUUGACUUGAAUGGAGUUUUGCGGGGUGGAGAACGAAGAAUUUUUUUUUAUAAAUUAUAUUUUAUAAAUCUAAUUAAUCGAAGUAACUCGACUGACGUCAAAUUCGACCAAAAUGUAUGCUUACUUUGAUUGACAGUGGCUACAUAUGAUUCACAUCAAUCUGCUUGAUUUAUGAAAUAGGUCCCUAUAGCUCAGUAAAGCUUCUGUCGAGCAGAUUUUCGAUUUCUUUCGAGAAAUUUUCCAGUUUUUAACAAAAAAGCUUUCCAACAGUUCAAAAUGAAAAUUAAAAGCGUUUCACAUUACAUUUUUGUUUUCAAACUUCUGACAACAAGCUACCAGCCACUGCUGAGAAGCUUUCCAAAUUAUGUCUAGAAGCUUUCCAGUUUCUGCCGAAAAACUCUCUGGCUUCUGAUGAGAAGCUUCCCAGCUUCUGACGAUAAGCUUUUUUCUGUUGUGUCGAGAAGUUUUUUCGUUUCUGUCGCUUUUUCGCUUAUGUAGAGAAGCUUUCCCGCUUCUCUCGAGAAUUCCGAUGUUUCGGUUCACAAUUCAAACCAUGUUUCGACCAACUCUUAUUUCCAACCCGCAAAACUCCAAUCUACAGUCAAAGAUGUUUAGAUUUAAAAUCGCAAAAGUGCAACACACGCCAACACAAAAAUAAACCAGAAAUUGAUUACCAUUAGAAACGAAACAAAGUUCCACAAAACGAAACUCCUCUUUCGGGUGACAAAAGCCCACAUUGAUUUACUUUAUAUUUUUAAUUAAACUAUUUACGAAGCAGGCAAUCUUCACUGCAGUUGCUGCUGCUACAAGAGGAAAUCGAAAGCCGGAAGCAACAAAAUAUUUCUGAAAUAUUUUUACCAUAGCUAAAAGUUCCUUUUUGUUAAUGCAUAUUCUGUUGUUUAGUUUAAUUUUUAACUUAAAUUAUUUUGUCUUUGUUUUACCGCAAAUACCGAGUACAGGAUAGUAUAGUUUACGCGCGCGCAGACAGACGUCUAUCUGUCAAAUGAACACAAACACACUCUCGAAACGGAGCCCAAGUGCUCGCGAAAAUGGCUCGUUUCUGCAGAGUAGUUUGAGGCCAACUCACACAUACAGACAGACUUGACCGCGAAAGAAAGGCAAACGUAAACCAACAAAUAUAUAUUUAUUUUUCAUAUAUUUACAUGAUGAUUUUUCGAUGACCGCAGCAAACUGCAGAGUGUGUUUGUGAACGAAACGACCAGAAGGAAAAUAGGGUCAAAUAGGAAGGGGUGAGACACUCUUCUUAUUUACGGGGCGGAUAACCUCAGUAGGCUAUUAACUGGAAAGAUGUUUUGUGUAGAUGGAAACAAGUUGAACCAAGCGCGACACACAUACACACACCUACCCGAGAAGACAGAAAAGAAUCAACAGGGGAAGCAAAAAAAACGGAUUACGGCCGUUUUUGAUCAUUAUUGCUAUUAUAUUAUUGAUGAUUAGUGAUUUAGCGUAAGGAAUGAGUUCAGAGACAAGAGAGUUGAAACUCGUCGUGUGUAAAAAGAGAUAAGGUAAUAUUAUUGGAAGGAAAUUCAAUUAUUAAUAUACUAAUUCUAUAUACAUAUACUUAGAAAAUAUUUUAGUACUAUUACAAAAAAGUAGGAAGCAAAACUGCAAGUUGCGGAAAACAAAGAGGAGAAAAACGAGCAUAGCAAUAAUUAUCACUUAAAAAUAUCUUGCAGAAGAAAGAAGAAGUUAAGUAAAAGAAAAUGAUUAAACUUUAGGAUUUAGACGAUAAGAGCAUAGAUCGUAUUUAUAUGAAAAAUAUACCUUUUAUAUGAAAGAAGGAAAAAACCAUAAAACAGAACAUAUAUCAGCACAUGGACACACGUUUAGAAAUAGUUACAUUAACACACAAAAGUACAUGAAGAAAAUGUAAUUAGAGAUACACUCACACCCUCAUACAGCGGAAUGCCGCGGACGCUAUUGAAUGCACCUUCACACCAACACAUUCGGAUCCGACCAGGCAUUCACAACUUAUCGGACACGCUUCCGGGGGACACAACACAGCAAAUCAUAAAUCUAAAUACAACAUGUUUAGAAUUUCACCUUUUCUCCUCAAGGAAACAACGUAUCAUAGUGACGGAAAAGGCGUGAAAAAUAUUUUUAUAAAAAACCAAACCCCUCACAUAAACACUUACACCCGUACACAUAUACAAAUCGACGAACCGGUUUAAAAUGACACACAUACAUACACUGAAGCAAAUGUGACUAAAAUCGAAAGCGCCGAAUCGGAAAUGUAACUCUGAAAUUUUGACGAUGAUAAAACAAUCAAAUUCCAAGCAGAGUUUUCGAUUUUUGGUCAAUUUGUAGCUUAGAGUGCCUCUAAAUAAUAAACAAGAAAUGAAAGUAAAAUAUAACAAGUUGAUUUAAUUUUGAAAACAAUAUUAUGAUUGAAAUAAAUAAGAAGAAACUGUAAAAAUAAAGCAAAAAAUUCACAAACACAGACACAAAUGAAAACCCAUUUAGUCGGUUAAGGUUGAUGAUAUUACCCAGAACAAUACAAACACAUUCACACGAACAGACACUCACACCCUAAAUACAAAAGACUAUAAGGAGAAACUUAUCUGCGUGAAUGACACACAGCUACACUUGCACUGGUCCAGAGAGACCAGCAAGUCACACAUACACCCUUACGUUUAGGUCAUACUCACUCAUACAAACGGAUGCACGCUUUUGAGCCAGAGGGCAACUAGGCGUUAAGACGAGUUUGAAAUUAAACAUUAGAUCAAAACAAAACCCAAAAAAAAACAAUUACGGUCGUAGAAGAAGACAACAGAAAAAUUGCUUCAGCAGACUAAAUUUACGUACAUCGUUAAGAAAGUAGUUGCGAUAUGAUAAAAAUUAUGCUUCUUUUGGUUGAAACCCCUGUUUGAGAUUCGAAUCUAUUUAGGCGAAAGAUACACAAUAAUCUGUGAUUUUGAUAAUAAAAGAAAAAAAGUGAAAAGAAAUCAUUUGGAAGCAUUUUAGGAUUGUCGCCAAAAUAAAGAUGACAAAAUUCAAAAUUCAUCGAAACGUUUCGGAACUGAUUAAAAUUACUAGAAACAAUAACAAUUGGCUGUAAGACAAAAACAUUUGGAACUGAGCUUUAUUUGGCAUUUUUCAUUUCGGCAAACGGCGCUAGUCAAAAUUCAAAAUUUACCAAACCAAAAUUAUAGCUUUAUUGUUGUUAUCUUAAUAGAAAACAAAUUUUCCUAGUUUAGGUGCAAAAUUUUCGUUUAAUUCUCUAUUUUUCGGCGAUAAAUAUACAUUUUUUGGUAAAGCUGUAAGGAAUAUUACCAAAUAUGUCUCAAAAAAGGUUAAAAUUGUAUCUUGUAAGCGUGAAGCGCGACCAUUAGUUGAGUCUGUACGUUUAGGCAAAUUAAGGCAAAACACUUAGUUCGAUUUUUGAUGGUAAGUGUAUAGAAAACAUAGGAAAAAAAACUGAACAAAAAAUGAAUCUUGAGCGAUGCUGCAAGCGAGAAAUUCCACAGGGUGACUAAAAUAAACAGUUUUUCAUACAAACGCAUGGGAUCCAAGUUUCUUCUUCAUACACGGCGAGGCUUAAAUCGUACCUUUCUCCGUUUUGAGUUUAGUUUUCGAAUAGACGAUAGUAGCAUUUUAGUUUUCAUAGCAACCAGCAAAUGUAGUAGCACCAUCAAAUCAACCGGCGAAUGUUUCUUUGACAGAUCGGAUCCAGCGGCAGUCGUCAAACAAACAAUAAACAAUGCUAGUUAUUGAGUUUGCUUUGUUUAACACACACACAAAUGCGCACCCCCAUAGAAAAUCAAUCAAAACACUCACAUACAAACACACAUAGCAGGAUAAAGGACUACAUCAACCGGAACAACAACAAACAGACAAGCAGAGAAAUGAAGAAAAUAAUAGCUCAGGGCAACUCAAAUUCUUCCAUAAUAUAUCAAUAGAGAAACAAGACAAACCAAAUACCGGAUCAGCAAUGCUGACGAGAGACACUCACACACAUACAAACUCACAAACACGCGCGCAGCCAGAAACAGACAAAUCCGACAACCCUAACUUGCAAUGAACAAGGCAGAGGCAUGCGGAUUGUGAAUAGAGCAAUACAAAGUAUAUAUUUUUACCAAUACAAUAGCGAAAAGACCGAUACCGAAUAUCUACAUUGUUACUGGGCACUCACCCAUCCAUUCAUUCCCACACUUACACAAACCUUUCUAUACAAAUGCACUCACCUUUGGCCUUCUGUUGUGGCGUACGAUUUCUCUAUCGUUUCUUCUGUUGAAUUGGUAACUCUACGAUAACCCGGCUACUGUGAUGAUCAAUUGAUCUGUCAAAUUGAGAACAGCAGUAAAUGUUAACAAUUCUCAUCUUUCUCAAUUUCACUCAACGCACUUCAAACACACACAAUAGCAAACCUUAUAAAGGGUAUGUAGCGUCGACAAACAAUAGAUAGUUAUACAAACAAAACACUCACAAUCUGACAGCCGCGAAAACAGAAUCGAAUUUACCGCAACAUAACCUCCAAUCCUUAGUUUGCGAAGAAGACGACGGAUUAUUCCGGGCGGAAUGAACGCGCGACGUAUAGCAGGAUGAGAAAAUAUGAUUCAACAUCAAGUGUUCUUUAACCGUAUUUUUAAACAGAAAAAAAAAUAAACAGGAUUACAGUUGCUAGCACGCCACACCGUGCCGCAGACCGGUCACACUGACAGCUGCCGCAGGGUGGUGUGUUCCAUAUACAACUACUACAAUUGUUCAAAACUCACAGAAAAAAAGCAAAUAAACAUCUUUACUUACUUAUUUGCAGUGAGGUUUACACGAACUGAUAAUACCUUAUACGAAACUUAAUUGACAGAAGCGAAAACAACUGUGAGAUACAACAAACCUUACAAACAAAAGUAACAGAAAUAAAAAACCGUAAACAAUAGAACUGGUGAUUUUUUAUAUACAUACAAUACAAACACACACUCAAACAGAAAUAGGCAGCAUUAAACGAAUUGGAUUGUUAUAAGCGUUGAUUGUUGUAUGUACACUCUUAUUGUCUCGCGGGCGACAGAAAUGAUUAUAAUCACACUACAAGUGCAGCAACUGGUCUAGAGAGCAAUCAUCUUUUAUUGUUUUUCGGUUUAUCUUUUCAUUCAAUUGCACACACACAACAAAAAGUGGGCGCAUUUGCGCCUAAACAAUAGAUUUCAAAUCGGAAGAAUUAGUUCACAAUGAGAUGACGAAUGGUGAUUUCAUUUGAAAACUGGCACCACUUCGGGCAGCAAUGAGAUGUUGGUUUGGUUUUGCUUGUGGGUUGCUUCGAUGAUAAUUCAUGUUUCAAUGUUGACGAGCUUACAACUACUGAGAAGGUGUUUUUAAAAUGCUUUCAAUUGGUGUAAACCUUCCAGACUUCUGCUUAAAAUUUUCCAGCUUCUACAGAUUGCUUCGGUUGAGAAGAUUUCGGGCUGCGGUUAAGAAGCUUUUCAGCUUCUUUAGAGAAGCUAUUCAACUUCGGUUGAGAAGCUAUCCAGUUUUGGUUUAGGAAGCUUUCUUAGCUUCGGAUAGGAAGGUUUAAAACUUCGAUUGAGAAGCUUUACAGCUACGGUUUAAAAGCUUCCCAACUUACGUUGAGAAACUAUCCAGCUUCGAUGUGAAGAAUUCCAGCUUCGGUUAAGACGCAAUCAAGCUACAGUUAUCAGCUUCCCACUUCUGUUUAGAAACUUUCCAGCUUCAGUUAAGAAGCUUUCCAAUUUCGGUUUAGAAGCUUUCUAGUUUUGCUUAAGCAGUCAGCUUUAUUAAGAAGCAUUCCAGCUACAGUUACAAGCUUCCGUUUAGAAGCUUUUCAGCUUCAGUUGAAACAUUUUCCAGUUUGGGUAGAAAAGCUUUUCAGCUCCGGUUGAAAAGCUUACCAUCUUCGAUUGAGAAGCUUUACCGUUUAGAUUGAGAAGCUUAAUAAAUCUUCGAACUGUUUAGUGGAAUACCUGUAAGUAAAUGGAAUCCGAAAUAAGUAUUAUUCUAUUUGAUUUUAACUAGAGUGAUCUGAGCCACGCGUAUUUCGACCUCAACUCUAAGGCCGUAAACUCUAAUUGUUAUUAAAUGCUGUAGUACUAAUUUCGGUUUUCAUUUACAAAACUUUUCCAGCUUUGGUUAAGAAGCUUCCAAGCUUCGGUUGAAUAGUUUUCCAAUUUUGGUUGAGAAGCUUCGGUCAAAAGCUAAUCCAGCUUCAGUUAUGUAGCUCCCAGGCUUCUGCUGCAAAGUUUCUAAAAUUAUGUUAAGGAGCUUCCAAACCUUUGGUCUAAGAAGCUUUAGGCUUCUGCUCUGAGAAGCUUCCAAUAUUCGUCUCUAAGGCUUCUGCAAAGCUUCCAUACCUCUGCUCUGAAAAGCUUCCAGCCUUCUGCUCUGAGAAGCUUCCAGGCUUAUGCUCUGAGGAGGUUUCAGACUUCUGCUCUGAGAAGUUUUCAGAAUUUAGCUCUGAGAAGCUUUCAGACCUCUGCUCUGAGAAGGUUUUAGACUUCUGCUCUAAGAAGGUUUCAGGCUUCUGCUCUGAAAAGUUUUUAAACUUCUGCUCUGAGAAGCUUUGAGAUUUCUACUCUAAAAAGCUUUCAGACUUCUGCUCUGAGAAGUUUUCAGACUUCUGCUCUGAGAAGCUUUUAAAAUUCUGCUCUGAGAAGCUUUCACACUUUUGCUCUAAGAAGCUUCAAGGCUUUUGCUCUGAGAAGCUUAAAGACUACUGCUCUGAGAAGCUUUCAGACUUCUGCUCUAAGAAGCUUUCAGGCUUAUGCUCUGAAAGCUUUCAGAUUUCUACUCUGAGAAGCUUUCACACUUCUGCUCUGAGAAGCUUUCAAACUUCUGCUCUGAGAAACUUUCAGACUUUUGCUCUAAGAAGCUUUCAGGCUUUUGCUCUGAGAAGCUUUCAGAAUUCUGCUCUGAGAAGUUUCCAGAUUUCUACUCUGAGAAGCUUUCAGACUUCUGAUCUGAGAAGUUUUCGGACUUCUGCUCUCAGAGGCUUUCAGACUUCUGCUCUGAGUAAAUUUCAGGUUUAUGCUCUGAUAAGCUUUCAGACUUUUGCUUUGAGAAGCUUACAGACUUCUGCUCUGAGAAGUUUUCAGAUGUCUACUCUAAGAAGGUUUCAGACUUCUGCUGUGAGAAGGUUCCAAGCUACUGCUCUGAGAAGCUACCAGGCUUCUGCUCUGAGAAGCUACCAGGCUUCUGCUCUGAGAAGCUUCCUGGCUUAUGCUCUGAUAAGCUUCCAGGCUUAUGUUCUGAUAAGCUUUCAGAUGUCUACUCUAAGAAGCUUUCAGACUUCAGCUCUGAGAAGUUUUCAGACUUUUUCUCUGAGAAGCUUUCAGACUUCUGCUCUGAGAAGCUUUCAGACUUGUGCUCUAAGAAGCUUUCAGACUUCUGCUCUGAAAAGUUUUCAGAUGUCUGCUCUGAGAAGCUUCCAUGCUUAUGCUCUGAGAUGUUUUCAGAAUUCUGCUUUGAGAAGCUUCCAGACUUCAGCUCUGAGAAGCUUCCAGGCUUAUGCUCUGAUAAGCUUCCAGGCUUAUGCUCUGAUAAGCUUUCAGAUGUCUACUCUAAGAAGCUUUCAGACUUCAGCUCUGAGAAGUUUUCAGGCUUUUCUCUGAGAAGCUUUCAGACUUCUGCUAUAAGAAGCUUUCAGACUUCUUCUCUGAGAAGUUUUCAGAUGUCUACUCUAAGAAGGUUUCAGACUUCUGCUGUGAGAAGGUUCCAAGCUACUGCUCUGAGAAGCUACCAGGCUUCUGCUCUGAGAAGCUUCCAGGCUUAUGUUCUGAUAAGCUUUCAGAUUUCUACUCUAAGAAGCUUCCAGACUACUGCUCAAAGAAGCUUCCAAACUUCUGCUCUGAGAAGCUUUCAGACUUCUGCUCUGAAAAGCUUCCAGUCUUAUGCUUUGAGAAGCUUUCAGAAUUCUGCUGUGAGAUGCUUUCAAACUUCUGCUCAGUGAAGCUAUCAGACUCUGACAAGCUUCCAGGUUUAUGCUCUUAUAAGCUUUCAGACUUCUGCUCUGAGAAGCUUUCAGACUUCUGCUUUGAUAAGCUUACAGACUUCUGCGCUUAGAAGCUUCCAGGUUUCUGCUCUAAGAAGCUUUCAGGCUUCUCAUAAGCAGCAGUAUUGCAGUUUCAAUGAAAUUUUUAAAGUAAAAUUCUUCUCCACCUAUGCAAAACUGAACUACACUCAAACAUCCUGUGAAAUCUUCUUGAAAUAUACCAUACGAACACAUAACAUGUUAACACUCUUUUACAUGUAAUAUUCAAAAUAGACAACAAGCCCAACUCAAUCUGUUUUAACACAACAUACAACCGUAAGAGUAACUAACCGUAUAAUUUGAGUGCCAAGCUACACAAAUUCAUUCUUACAGACACAUACACAAACACUGACACACUCAUGCAAUACCGACAAACAAAUUUUUUAACAGACCCAAUCAUGAGCUCACCAACUCAAACAAAAUGGUGCAGUGCGAAAUCAUUUAAGGAAUUUCUCUCAAAAAGCGAAACAAUUACAAAGGAAAAACUACGCUGGAUACGCAGACACAAACGAUACGAAAAAGAAACAGAAAUUGGUCACGCAUGAGAACAAACAAACAGAAGAAAAAUAAGCAGCAGAAGAAUCACACACAUAUAUUAUUACCGAUAAACAGAAGUAAAUCUAAUAUUGUAAUGAACAGAAUAAGAAUUAAGAAAAUAAGAGAAAAUACACACACUGUAGUGCCUGUUCCAAAAAAUUAAAAGAUAUAAACAGUAAAUUAAAAACAAAACAAAAACCGAGAAUGAAAAAGUUGAAAUGUCACUCACACACACACACUGACGCAUCGUAUGCGUUGUGGGAGCGAAAUGGGCAAGCGAGAGAGGGAAAGAGUAUGCGAUGGAAGAGAAAGCAAUUGUUGGCUUUUGUCGUCGUUUUGUAGGAAUAAGUUCAACCAACCAAGCGAACAAUUCUCCUCGAGUUUUCCCCUCCCUUAUAGUUUUCCGUUUUACCUUAGAGGUUUAAGUUUUCCCGUGCUAAGUUGCAAGUAGAUAAGUGUAGUUUGUCUUAGGUUCUAUUCUUCCUACUGUAUGAGUUAUUACCGAAAUAAAAAGAAUUUAAGCGAGAAAAAAAAUACAAACUACAUUUUAGGGAUGAUUGUCUUUACCAUUUAAGGAAAGCUGCAAAGAAGUGAGACAAAGUUAUUGGGAAAGAACGAAAACAUUUGAUGCGAAUCGCUAGUGUUUAACGAGAGCCGCGGAUAAGAGAAAGCUGAAUGGUGAUUUUGUUUUCCCAUUCGAAUAACUUCGGAUUUUUCGCCCUCGUGCGAUGGUUAAUUGUCGCAGUGAGGGCGGAUUGCGACACACACACACAUAUUUGUAGUAGAAAGCAUCGCUUUUGUUACUUUAAGCAUAUUUAACCCGAAUUAAGAGGCGAGCGGACAGAAGUGAAAUCGAUUUUACUUAGUAUCGUAAAAUAUAUAAAAAAUAAAAAUGCAUCGUUUUGAUGGAAAAUUGUAGAUAAAGUGCAAAAAAUACAAAACAAAAUAAAAAAUAAUAUAUUUUUCAAAGCCGAAUAGAACGAGUUAAGAAAGUAAGUUGAUUUGUUCUACUUUUCUAAUUUUACACACACACUCAAAUAGACAGAAAAAGCUGGUUAAAAGCUAAGUGAAAAUAAGAAAAAAAAACAAUUGAAAUUGAUGUUAUGUUGAAGUUUUUCUCUUAAAAGUAAGGCGAAUUUAAGCAACAAACAAUACAAAACUGGAUUAUUUACAGCAGUUCUGAUUCUAUUGAUUUAUUUACACCGCAGCAGAUAUAAAUAAGAAGCAAAAAUCCGAAACCUGAAAUAGAAAAAGAUCGAAGGGUCACGCCACAUAACGCUAGGACCAGCGGGCGUUACUUGUUAGCUCGUCCUGCGUGUGUGUUCGUGAGCGACACAACCUCCUCAUCAAAACUACACGCCAACACACACCCACACAAUUCAAACAGACACUGAAGCUAAACAGAACCGAGAAUUGAACGGAAGACUUACAUAACUAUUCAUAUAACGCAACAGCUGGGCUGAACGUAACGUCAGUUUCAAUUAGUUUUCGAAGCGUGGUAAAACCGAAUCGCAGACCACCAGGAAAUAGACAAGUUUUUGGGUUUCACUAGCAUGUCCAUUUAAGUUGAAAUUAGCUUUUUUCUCGUAUACUUACACUGACACAGAAAAUAUAACCUAAAAAAAACACUUAGAAAUGACCAAAAUUGACUUCCACACUGCUUUGAAGCGAUAUGAAAAAAAAACUAAAAUAAAGUUAUUAAAAAGUAAAAAGUAAAAUUAUGAGAAACUUUUAGCUGCCUUUAGACCCAAAAUCUUGAAUCAAUACACACACACUCGAAUGAGUUAUAACAUAAUUUUCUCUUUGAGUAUGAAUAAAAAAAAUUAAAGAACACUUCGCGAAAAACCCAAACUUAAUGGACAUGUAAGCAGAAGGUUGCGAAAUCGAUAUUCACCCAAACAAACAUAAAGAAAAAAAAAUACACGAACACACAAAUGCAGUGCAGUUUUGAUGCAAAUUAUGAGAAUGCAGAAUUUGAUACCGUUUUAAAUUACAAACCCAAAAUAAAAACAGAAGAAAAAAA